AACUGCCGGCUGACUCACUUCCUUUCUGAUGACGCAUCACUCCCGCUGUCACGCACGGUGCGUCAUCACCGCCUCCUCUCGUGAGCUCCUCGGGUCCGCUCGGGGCCGCUCACUUCUGUGACGUCAUAGCAGUUCCGCGGGACCGGUUGCAGGACAACCAUUGGCUGGCGGCGGAGGAGCGGCAGGACUGAGGACCAAUGAGCGCCGCGGAGGACAUAGAGGCUUCGCUCACUCGUGUGGCGCGUUCAGGGAACAGGGUCCGUGAAGCGGAGUAAAACUUGGUCAACAAGCCGCCGGAGAGGCGCUCUGAUCCCGGGACCAGCUCUCAGUUCGGACGGUGGAUUAUUGCUCCAUCGGAACACAACUCGGUGCGGACGGUCAGAAAGCGCUCGGUGCUGUAGGCUGCUGGGUGUCUGCGGCUCCGGGCAGAGAGGGAGACUUUUUCCGAGGCAGAGUGCGGCCGGUGAAGCGGAGCUCCGAGAUGCCGCUUCUCCACAGAAAAGCCUUCAUCCGGCAGAAACCGCCGUCGGACCUGCGACCGGACGAGGAGGUUUUCCUCUGCAAGAUCACGCACGAAAUCUUCCGGACCUACGAUGAGUUCUUUGAGAGGACCAUCCUGUGCAACAGUCUGGUGUGGAGCUGUGCUCUGACGGGUCGGGCCGGUCUCACCUACCUGGAGGCGGUGGACAGCGAGCGUCGGGCCAAGCAGAACCUUCAGAGCUUCCCUCAGAGCCUGGUGGUGCCGCUGCUCCACCUGGCCGCUCUGAGCCGCCGCUGCCGCCUCACCGAGCUGUGCGAGGACGUCUACGCCUUCGUCAAGGACCGCUUCUUCCCCGGGGAGACGGUGGAUGUCAGCGGACGCAACGGGGCCAGAUAUGUGUGUGAGGUCCUGCAGGUUCACUCUCCUCAGUCCAGCGCUAACGGAACGCCGGCCGCUAACGGCCACGCCAAACAAACCGACGGUGACACCAUCGUCAUCAGCGACAGCGACGACGAGACCAACGCCUUCCAGAGUCCAACGCCACAAAUCAACGGGAAGAAGAAGAAACCUCUGAGUCCGUCGGUGUUUAAAUACACCGUGAGGAUGAUGAAGGACCAACACAGUGAACCGUUUACUGUCAAAGCCAAUCAGAUCAGUCGUAGGAAAACGACUCUGUCCAGAGAGAGACUGAAGCUGCUGUUUAAGCAGCACUGUGAGCCUCACAACGGGACCAUCGUCAUCAAGCCCUCCACCGUGGUGAAGUACCGACUCUCUGAACAGACUUUCUCUCAGUUCUUCCCCGAUGAGCCUCCGCUGUUCCCCUUCAGCCCCCCCUCUAAAGGUGGGCGGGGCUCACCUGGACAGGCCAACUCGUCGCUGCUGAGGGCGGCUGAGGAGAAGCUGAAGCUGCUGCACCAGAGGGAGGAGAUGGCGAUGGGCGCCCAGGACCGAGCUCGGCUGAAGAGGGAGAAGGAGGAGGCGCAGGAGGCCAAGAGGAGGGAGAAGGAGGACCGGGAGAAGAUGAAGGAGGAGCAGAGGAGGAGGUUCGAGGUGGAGAAGCAGAGGAGGAGGGAGGAGAAGGAGCAGAGGAAGCUGGAGAAGGAGAGGGAACGAGAGAAACUAAAGGAGGAGAAGAAGAAAUACGCUGAACGGCUGAAGCUGUGGAACAAACCCAGAGAGGACAUGGAGUGUGAAGACCUGAAGGAGCUGCCCAGUCCGGUUCCGGUGAGAACCCGUCUUCCUGCAGAGCUCUUUGGAGAAGCUCUGAUGGUUCUGGAAUUCCUGAGGGCCUUUGGCGAGGCCUUUGACCUGAAGGACGAGUUCCCCGACGGCGUCUCUCUGGAGGUUCUGGAGGAGGCUCUGGUGGGUUCUGACCCUGAAGGUCCUCUGUGUGAGCUGCUGUUCUUCUUCCUGUCGGCCAUUUUUCAGGCUCUGGACGAGGAGCAGGAGGAGCUGGCUAAGGAGCAGGCUGAAGACCUGUCGGAGGCUCUGGAGGAUGAUUCUGAGGAGACCCGUUCUGCUCUGAGCGCCGUUGCCUCCCUGGCGGCCGCCUGGCCUCAGCUCCACCAGGGCUGCAGCCUGAAGCAGCUGGACCUGGACAGCUGCACGCUGUCAGAGAUCCUCCGGCUGCACAUCCUGGCGUCCGGCGCCGACUGUAACCACGGCAACGCCAAGCUGCGCUACCAGAAGCAGGGCGGGUUCACGCUGAUGGACGACCCGUGUGUGGAGCUGCGAUUGGCCGAGCCGGCGCUGCUGAAGAGGCUGUCGUACACGGCGGUGUAUGACCUCACACCAGGGGAGAAGCUGAGGAUCCUUCAGGCUCUGGUGGGGAAGCUGCUGACGCUGGCGUCCAGCAGAGAUCUGAUUGAAGACAGCGUGGAGGAACAACGAGCUGCCAGACAGGAACUGAGAGAAAUCAGAGCUGAACAACACCGCAGGGAGAGAGAGGAGGCUGCACACAGGGUUCGUCUCCGUAAGGAGGAGAAGCUGAGGGAGCAGGAGCAGAGGAUGAGGGAGAAGGAGGAGAAACUGAAGGAGCAGGAGGAGAAGCUGAAGGAGGAGAAAGGAGGAGUCCAGACCAACGGUCAGACUCCUGCAGGACGUCACACUGAGGAUGACGAGGGUCAGAACUCUUCUUCCAACAGCCAGAAGAUGAUGAAAGCUAAGAUGAACCAGAAAGACAAACAGCAGCAGACGCCUCCAGACUCCAAAGCUCCAUCCUGUCCUCCAACCAGCCUGACAGCAGAGGAGCUGGAGAAGGAGCAGGAGAAGGUCCGGGAGCUCCAGGAGCGGAUCCAGAAGGCGGCGGCCUGCACCUACCUGCUCCCUCUGGGCCGAGACCGGCUGUACCGCCGCUACUGGCUCCUCCCAUCGGCCUCUGCUCUGUUCGUGGAGGACGAAUGCUUCGGCCUGACGGAGGACAUGCUGCAGCCGCGACCCAAACCUGCACAGGACGCCAAGACAGAGGACGAGGACGUGGUGGAGGUGAAGGAGGACAGGGUCGGCUCAAGCCCCGCCCCCCUCCACACCUGCAGCCCACCUGUGGACCGCCCCAACCAGUGGUCCUUCUACAGCUCAGUGGAGGAGGUGGAUCAGCUGAUCGAGGCUCUGAACCCUCGAGGUCACAGAGAAAGUGGCCUGAAGGAGGCGCUGCUGCAAGAGAGAGACCGACUGCAGCAGCUGCUGCAGAACUGCGACGCCAGCAAGUACAGACACACAGGUGAGCUGGAGUCGUUCCGAUCUGUCCCAGAAUGCACUGCUGCAGCCGAGUCUCUGAUGGAGGGGAGGCUGAGAGAUCUGCUGCUGGACAUCGAGGAUCGCAUCCACCAGGGAACUCUGGGAACUCUGAAGGUGAUGGACAGACAGCUGUGGCGCUCGGCGCUGGAGGCAGGAAACUACGAGCUGCUCAGUUCAGACGCUGGAGCGACGAACGGACGGGAGGAGGCCAUGGAGGUCGACCCGGCCCACCUGAGAGCCAGAGACAGGCUACAGGAGCUGAAGUCUGACGGUGGGACCAGCGGUACCGGGACUCCUCAGGCCGUGAGCAGCUCCAUACGGAUCCUGGCUCAGGCCCUCGGUCACAUCGAACACGGCAUCGAGAGACGCUUCCUCAAAGCUCCACUGGGUGACGACGACUCAAAGAAAGACCCAAAGUCAAAGAAGAACAAGAAGAAAGACGAGGACCAGGCCAGCGAUGAUGGCAGUGACAGCGGUCGGGCGGUGAAGACGGUGUUGGAGCGAUGGAGGGAUUCUCUACAGUCGUGUUCCAGCCUCUCUCAGGUGUUCGUCCACCUGUCCAGUCUGGAGCGAAGCGUCCUCUGGUCUCGCUCCGUCCUCAACGCUCGCUGUCGCAUCUGCAGACGCAAAGGAGACGCCGACAACAUGCUGCUGUGUGACGGCUGCGACCGAGGACACCACACUCACUGUCUGAGGCCCCGCCUCAAGUCGGUUCCAGGGGGCGACUGGUUCUGUCCAGAAUGUCGACCCAAACAGAGAUCCAGUCGCCUCCCGUCCCGUCAGCGCUCCUCCAUCGACGAGGAGGAGGAAGAGGAGGAGGAUGACGAGUCUGAGGAGGAAGAGGAGGAGUCUGAGGAGGAAGAGGAGGAGUCAGAAGAGGAAGUGGAGUCAGAAGAGGAGGAGGAAGAAGUUACCGUGAGCGCCAAGAAGAGUCAGGCUCCACCCCCCAAAGGAAAGAGUCAACAGACCACACCCAAGAACAGCAACACCUCAUCUGGGAAACACUCAUCAGCAUCCAAGUCCUCAGGGAAGAAGACCACGCCCCCCACGGCGUCUGGCAGUAAAGCUCCGCCUCGAUCUGGGAGUCGGAACAGCUCCCGUCUGAGUAAUGAGAUCCUGGCGCCAAACAGCAACGCCAAAACCUCACCUGGUCAGAGCGAAUCCCGCAAGAGACCUGCAACAGACGCCGCUCCUCCUCCUAAACCUUCCAGACCCGUCCUCCCCCCGUCCUCCUCCUCGUCCUCGUCCUCGUCGUCCAGCCGGCGGUCCUCUGGGAGGAACCACGGCGUCCACGAGCUGUCGGCCUGUGAGCAGCUGACGGUGGAGCUGGUGAGACACGAGGACAGCUGGCCCUUCAUGAAGCUGGUGUCCAGGACACAGGUUCCCGACUACUAUGACAUCAUCAAGAAGCCCAUCGCUCUGAGCACCAUCAGAGAGAAAGUCAACAACUGUGAAUAUCAGACAGCAGGCGAGUUCAUCUCAGACGUGGAGCUCAUGUUUUCCAACUGUCUCCAGUAUAAUCCUCGUCACACCAACGAGGCCAAGGCCGGCCACCGUCUGCAGGAGUUCUUCCACUCGGAGCUCAACCGGCUCGGCCUAUCGGAGCGCGGCUCCACCCCGCCCGCCAAACGCUCCCGGCACUGAACCAAACGCACCCUGUGACCUCACCGCCACCGCGCUCUCAUUGGUCUAUGGGGCAGGAAGAGGGGCCGGAGCAGAACACGAUUAGAGGAGGAGCCGGUUUUGGUUAAAGCUCACCUCUCCGCUGAGGCUCCGCCCCCUCUUACCUGCUCACUGGCAGAGCGGUGGCGUGCGACAUGUAGCAGACACAUUCCUGUGGUGCUGUAGGACGUAGAGACGGUAGAUCACACAUGUUCCCUUUAACCAGAGGCAAAAACCACUAAAAGACGUUGAGCUUUGCACUGACAUCGGGCCGCUAACGUUCGCUCAGGGACACAAACCUUCUUCUUUACGGUGCAGCUGCAGGUUCAGGGCUCAACGUACGGACGUCUGAAAUGAUUCCGUUUAGUUCAAACAUUUAGUUUUCAUGUUUGAAAAUAAAAACCUGCCACUGUGAGAAAAACACCGACCAGGAAACCUUCUGGAAGCUCAGGUUAAAGUUCUCUGGUGCUUACAGCUGCAGCUCAUGACCUUCUUCAGGACGUUUACAGCCCAGAACCACGGCUGUUUGUUGACCCGCCGGAUCAAACGUGUUUUUCUACCGUUAGUUUCACUGUUGGCUGUUUUCUGGAUUAAUCCAUUUCCUGUUUGGUUAGAAAACUGUUCACUUUACUGUCAUACAGGGGGAAAAAGCUGAUAAUGUUCACAUUUCACGAGCUGAAAACACAGAGUUUAGACUGUUUUACAUUCAGAAGGAACUCAGACUGAUUAUCAAAAUAGUUGUCGAUUAAUUUAAAAGUCAGUCAAUUAUCCGACAUUUCCAUCCACCGGGUUGUGGCUCAGGAAGUGAACUUUGGGUUAAAUAGUUUAAUUCAGAUGCUGAACCUGGAACUGGACAUUUCACUUUAGUUCCUGUUCUGAUUUGUUUUAUUUUGAAAGUCAUUAAAUUCUCCAGGCGUUUAGCAAAAUAAAAGUCUGUUUUCAUUUAAUUUAAAUGCUAGAAUCCAGUUUGUGAACUAAAUUAUGUCGGAGUCGCUCGAUUUAUUUCAGCACCAAAGUGGAAAAAAGGUGUCAAGUUUUCAGUUUGAGUUAGUUUGUAGAAAACAAAAUUAAAUUCAGGUGAAUUUUCUAACUGUACAUAUUUUCAAGUUGGAUUUAGUGAGUAGUUUCCAUUUCGGUGUCCACAGAAGCUCCUCCCACUAAACUGGCCCCGCCUCCUGAUGUCACAAUGAGUCCAUGUUUAAAACAAAAGAAUGUUGUAUCCAAAGAAAAGAGGAAACUGAAGUUUAUUCAGAAAAAACUGGAGAACGUUUAAUCAGAUUGUUGAUGUUCAGGAGGCGAUUGGUUGAGUUGUGACAAAUAAUGAAGAAAAAAUAGAAACUUUAAGGUCUCAGGACAUAAAAACCAUCAAAUGAAGCGUGAGUUUACCUGGACUGAUGACAUUUCAAAACUUAUCACCUGGAGUCAGGCUGUGGGUUAGCCUAUCUUAGCAUAAGGACUGGAAACGGAAACCCAUCAAAAUAAACCUCCAGAAAUUCAAUUAGAAAUUUAGAGAUACAUACAGUUCAGAACUCCAUUAAGACUUUGGCUGUUUUUAGGUUUUCUUCAGUGUAUUUUAACGGCACAUUCAUUCACUGUUGAAGUCCUAGUUCAGUUAAAUCUCAACUUUAAUGACUUAAAAUAUGUGUUUUCAGAUUUAGUAAGAUUUAAACUGUCUGAAUAUAAAAAUAUCUGACGUGCUUUCUAUUAAACCGCCAGAAUUUCUAGUAGAAAUACAGAGAAAACAGUUCAGAACUCCAUUCAGAAUCAGUUUAAUUUUGUUUAUUUCAGUCUCAGUGAUUUAUUGAUAAUCGUCGGUUAAUUCAUGACAGACUUCAGCUCACAGAUACUUCAGCUGCUGAAUUUAAACAAAUAUAAAGCUUAACAUCUGUAAAAUGACCUUCAAGUUUCAUUAAAAUUAGACCAGGUGACUUUAAAAUCUGUAAAUGUUGGACUUCCCCUCUGACAGCCCGAGCUGUGCAGCCUCUGUGGAUUUGUAGUUUUUGUAUUUUUUGACUACUGCGACUUUUCCUGCUCUAGUUUUGUUUUUGUUCUUCCUCUCUGAUGAUGAUGAUGAUGUGUGUCGGAUGGAGGUGAGCUGUAGACACUACACUCCCCCCGCCUCCCCCGCCUCCCCUCUGCUGUGUAUUUAUUAGAUGAAGCCUCUGGUUGUCUUUAUUUAUGACGCUAGCUGCUGCCUCCCGACGCUGUUUGUUGUUCUAAUGUAAAAAUAAAUUGACUUUUUAUAAGCAACUGGA